ACGCCAUCUUACGAGAUUUAGGUUAAUUAUUGGGGAACUAUUGUGUUUUAUCGUAAUUAAUGUUUAAGAGUUCAUAAUAGAAAAUCGCGAACAGAAACAACAAUAAUUAUUAUUUUUUAUCUUGGAUAAUUUAUUAUUUCAUUCCAAUCAUGGAUGAUUUACAGAAUUACAAAUUACAACUUCAACAGGUUGAGGCUGCUCUUACGACAGAUCCAACCAAUGAAGAACUUUUAAAAUUAAAAAUCGAUCUCGAAGAAGUAAUAGAACUAACGCAUGAUUUAAUUAAAUCUCAACAACAGGAAAAAAGGCAAGCCAAUGGCAUGGAUGCUAAAGAUCCUAUUUUGCUUGCAGUGUUGGCUAAUAAAUGGAAGGUUGGUGAUCAGUGCAUGGCUCCAUGGAGCGAAGAUGGCAAGUAUUACGAGGCAACUAUAGAUGUUAUAAGCGAAGAUGGAGUUGUAAACGUUACGUUUAAUGAAUACAAAAAUACUGAUGUUACCAUGCUCAGUCAACUCAAAUCGAUAGCUAAAAGGCCAGCAUCUGAUUGGGCAGAUCAAAAAUCAAAAAAAAUGCAAGCGGCUGCUAUUGCAGGAGCUGAUCCAAAUAAACAAAGAGAAUAUCUUAAGAAAAAAAAACAAAGAAAGCUACAACGAUUCAAGGAACUUGAGGAGGAACGCGAGAUGGAGAAAAAUAAAUGGUUAGCUUUUACAAAUAAGUCUUCGAAGAAGGGUGUAAUAAAAAAGAGCAUAUUUGCGACACCAGAGAAUGUUAACGGUAGAGUAGGUAUCGGCACAUGUGGCGUAAGUGGUCGAGAAAUGACUAAGUUUAGUAAUGGUGAAAAAUGGAGGAGAGGAGCGUGAAUAUUAAUGUAAAUAAGGAAAAAUAUAACACAUUCUGUGAGAUAGAAUUUUGAACCAUUGUUAAAUUUGAUGAAAUUCAGUUUCUAUGAACACUGAGAUUGUAUGUUGUAUCGUUUUGUGAGAGUGAUCGAUAGGCACAGAAAAAAAAUAAAAUAACCAAUAAUAAUAUCAGAGUGUGCACAGGUAUGUAAAAGUUCAAUGAAUGAAAACUUUUACUCUAAUAAAUUCUUACAUUAUUUUGUAUUUUUUAUCUUAUACUAUCGAAGAAGAAUGACUGUCACGAAUAAGUGUUUCUAGAUUUAAUAUCCUUUGUAAGUAUAAUUUGUUUAUAAUUAAUUAAUGAUUCAAAUAAAUGUAUAUUUUGACGUCAUGCUAUUGAA